UCUUGUAAUCGUGACGAGUAAAGAAUGGAAAAGCGUGCAUUGAUUAAUACGGAGUACCUUUCUUGAUGAAACAAAUCCCUGAUUCUGUCUUCUCCAAAACCUAAUGGGUGGAUGAAGAAUUGAAGAAGAUUCAUCAGUAUCUUCUAGGAGGAUCACAGCGAUGAAACGUGGACCGGCGCGUAGGAGAAACACGUGCAUUUUCCCUCCAUCAACCGUCGCUUUCAUCGAUCAACAAUCGCCUCCCCCACAAGCCAAGUAUAGCAAUUAUAUCGGAAAGGAAGCUAACGCCGCUGACUUCUCCUCUCUCCUCUUUUAAACCCUAGCAAGCAUACAGCUCCCAAUCAAAACGUUUUUUGUUUCACGAAUCAGAAAACCGGAAGGGGAAAAAAAAUCAUUCAAAAGAUUGCACAUACGCGGCGGCUGGAGGUUGUUGGUCAAGUGAUAUUAUGUAAUGCCAAUUUUUGAAUGAAGUGACGGAAUCCUCGACCUAUAAGGAUUUGUUAAGCUUUUGUUGAUAAGCAUUUUAAUGGACGGAGAAAUGGGAGACGACUCGGCUGAAUCGUACUCACACCCAACACAAAGGUCGAAUGCAAAGAUUAUGAGCAGUAAAAAUAGGUUACCGAGAAGCUAUUUAGUUGCUACGGCCUCUGAGCACUUCGCAGCAAAGGCUCUGAACUGUAUUACAUCGGUGAAGAAAUGUGUGCAUUCUAGUGAAGCUGUGGGUAAUGUUGUUGAGUUUUUAAUUACCACUGCUGCACUUGAAAUUGUGAGGAGGUUCUCCAGGUCGAAGUGUCCUCUCAUUUGGCAAGGUCUUCACUCUUCAGGCAUUACAAGUUAUAUGUUAUCCCCCAUUUAAGUGGUUGCAGAGAUGGUUUCCUUUCAAGCCUCUGGCCAAAGAAAUGCGGAAAAUCUCUGGGCCGAUGUUGUGUCUUUCAAUCGCAACAGUUUUCUCCGAUCACUCUUCACCAGAAGAUGACCCAUCAUACAAUUAUAAUGUUUCUCAAACGCCUGAAUCUCCAGGACCAGAUGCUUGCCAAUCUGAAAGGUGGUUGCUUGACCUCCAUAACAAGCUCAGAAUGGAAGAUAUUACUCUACCAGAAAGGCUUAAUGAUGAUGAAAUCCGUCGCUUUUAUGCUUCUACGAAAGGUGAUUUUCAAAGGACACUGUCAUUGGUCAAGAAGACAGUUCAGUGGAGGCAGAGUUACACUUUUCUAUCACCACAACAGUUACAGGCAUGGUCUCAUUUGGUCUUCUGGCAUGGAUAUGAUUUAAAGAAACGCCCUUGUCUUAUCAUUCGACUGGGACUUGCUUGCUCCAACCUCAGAGCCAGUGAGAGAGACUUUUUUGCAAAAGUAAUUGUUUCCCAGAUAGAACAUGGUGUUGUGAGCUUCAUUGAUGAUGAGCAUCCUCAGAUUGUGGUGUUAAUGGACUGUGAAGGAUUGUCGCCUUUUGGAUUCCCUGUACAGAUGAUGAGAUCUUGUGCUACACUUCCGCAAGACCAUUACCCAAACUGUCUUGGUUUGUUGAUUGUUGUACGGAUCUGUUGUGGGCUCGGGAAUCUGGGAACGCGUCACUGGGCAAUGAGUCGAAACCGAGGGUCUUGUCUUCCCUAUGAUUGCAGAUGUAAGGCAGAAAACAAAGAAAAAGAAAGCUAAGGUUCUGAGCCACCAUCCACGAGGCAGAAAGUAAUGAUCUUAGGAAGGAACUAUCGAGAUUAUCUCUCAAACAACCUGGAGUCAGUCCCUUCCUUCCUUGGUGGGAAUUGCUCAUGCUCAAAAUGUUCAUCUCAUAGCAAUACAAUCGAAGAAGAAAUGCCUUUGGCACCUUCCACCGCACAUCAAACAAAUGACAACACCCCCGAAAUUCAUCAUCAUUCCCUUUCAAUUAUGAAUCCUACGAAGAAACCGUUGGUAAAGAUUAUUGUCAUUGGUGUAGUUAUGGUGUGGAUCUUAUUUGCCAUCAUUUUGGGAACUCACUAUUCAGAAUGGGUACCUCCUCUCUACUGGAGAAGCCAUUCAUAAGCAUAUUCUUUAUUAGGUUUCAAUAUUCUUCUUUAUGGGCAUCAGAGCAGGUUUAUAUUAUC